CUCAGAUGCCUUCACAGAGCUCAGCAGAGACUUCUGAACACCCCUUACCCCGAAAUUACCGCUGGAUCCACCUGACUGGAGAGGAUUGCAUUAAACAGAUCUGAAGUCUAUCGGAUGCGCUCCUCUGGAAUGAGCCCUUGCUGACACCUUCCUCCUGGACUCUCACCGUUUGCAAGUACAGGAGUGGUUGUUGCAGUAACCAUGACAGCAUUGCCGUUCCGGGUCGGACCGCUGCUCUUCUCUGGACUUGUCAUCUUCCGCCUCCUCUCUCUGCCUCUCGUCACGUCACAGACGCCAUCACUCCCAGCGACCUCUGACCCAGAGUCUGCGCCCUCUCUGCCUGGAGAGUGCCUGAGAAAAAUCCACCCCGUUACCUCCUACACAGCUUUGAGCCCGUGGCUGUCCUCUUUCUCUCUGCCUGGAGUGAAUGACUACUCACCGCUCGCACUCGACCUCACCAGGAACCAGCUGAUAGUGGGAGCCAGGAAUCAUCUCUUCCGGUUGAGUUUGAGCAACGUCUCUCUCCUGCAGGCCACAGAAUGGGGAGUAGACGAGAGCACCAGGAGGUCCUGCCAGAGCAAAGGAAAGACGGAGGAUGAGUGUCAGAACUAUGUCCGUGUCCUCCUGUUGAACGGCAGUCGUCUGUUCACCUGCGGCACUAAUGCUUUCAUGCCCAUGUGUACGACUCGCCCUGUUACGGACAUCUCCAGCGUCCUGGAGUCCAUCGGCGGGGUGGCCCGCUGUCCCUACGACCCUCGACACAACUCUACAGCCAUGAUAACUGAGAGUGGAGAAGUCUACGCGGCCACAGUGACGGAUUUCUCCAGCCGCGACCCCAUUAUUUACCGCAGUCUGGGGAACAUGCCGCCCCUGCGGACCGCACAGUACAACUCCAAAUGGCUCAAUGGUACAGAGUUUCAGAAGCAACAUUUGUGGAACAGCAUUGCUGCGUCAGCGGUGUGUGCGUUUAACCUCAGUGCCAUCACGCAGGCCUUUAACGGACCCUUUCGUUAUCAGGAGAACCCUCGGACCAGCUGGCUUUCUACUCCCAACCCCAUUCCAAAUUUUCAGUGCGGGACAGUGAAUGAUUCAGGUCCGGGCGGUAAUCUAACAGAACGCAGUCUUCAAGACGCCCAGCGGCUCUUUCUCAUGAGUGAGGUGGUUCAGCCCAUCUCCACGGAUCCUCUGGUCACGCAAGACAACAUCCGUUUCUCCAGACUGGCUGUGGACAUUGUUCAGGGAAGAGACACGCUCUACCACGUCAUGUACAUCGGCACAGAGUACGGCACCAUCAUCAAAGCCUUAUCCACAACUAAUAAGAGUCUGCGCGGAUGUUACUUGGAGGAGAUGAGCAUUCUCCCAGAAAACAUGCAGGAGCCAAUCCUGAACCUGCAGAUUCUGCACAGCGAUAGGUCGCUUUUCGUGGGACUCCCCAGCAGAGUGCUGAAGAUCCCUCUGGAGAGAUGCUCCAACUACAAAACCGAACAGGACUGUCUGGGUGCCAGGGAUCCGUACUGCGGCUGGGACCGGAAACAGAAGCGCUGUACGACGAUUGAGGACAGUUCCAACAUGAGCCAGUGGAGUCAAGACAUCACAAAGUGCCCUGAGCGGAACCUCACCCAGGAUGGUGGAUUUGGCCAGUGGUCACCAUGGCAGGCUUGUAACCAUGACGACGGAGGUGAAGGCACCAGCACAUGUCAGUGUCGCACUCGGGCCUGCGAUAACCCUCGCCCCCAGUGUGGAGGGAUGGAGUGUGUCGGGGCGAACAUUGAGGUGGCCAACUGCUCCAGGAACGGAGGCUGGACUCCCUGGUCAUCCUGGGCCGAGUGCAGCACCAGCUGUGGCAUUGGAUUUGAGGUCCGACAGCGGUCCUGUAACAACCCAGCACCCCGACACGGAGGACGCGUAUGUGUGGGUCAGGCACGAGAGGAGAGAUUGUGUAACGAAAAGAAUCCAUGUCCUGUUCCGGUGUCCUGGGUCUCCUGGAGCGCUUGGUCCAAAUGUAGUGUUCCCUGCGGUGGUGGAGUCCAAUCCCGUGUUCGAACCUGCGAGAAUGGAAACACAUGUCCUGGUUGCCCUCUGGAGUAUAAGGCGUGUAACUUGGACCCGUGUGCCGAAGUGAGGCGGACCACACCGUGGACACCCUGGUACCCUGUUAAUGUGACUCAGAUGGGGGCGAGACAGGAGCAGCGGGUCAGGUACACCUGCAGGGCUCUCCUCGCCGACCCUCACGACCUGCAGCUUGGCAAACGCAAGAUAGAGACUCGCCUCUGUCCCACCAGUGACGGAGCUGCUGCCUGCGAGACUGAUGGUCUAGUUGAGGAUUUGUUGAGAAUGGGUCGACCUGUGACACGAGUGCAAGGAGCUGCCUGGUCGUCAUGGGAAACGUGGUCCGCAUGUUCCAAUGAGUGUUCCAAAGGCUUCCGCACACGCAAGCGCUCCUGCGCCACACCGGAUGGCAAGAGCACGCCGUUCGCCUGCAGCGGAGCGCCGGUCGAAUAUCAGGACUGCAACACUCAGACGUGCCCAGUGAAGGGGGCGUGGUCAUGCUGGUCUUCCUGGUCUCAGUGUUCUACUUCCUGUGGCGGCGGUCACAACCAGCGCUCCCGUACCUGCUCUAACCCUUCCCCUGCUCAUUCUGGAGACAUCUGCAUCGGCCUGCACACAGAGGAAGCGCUCUGUAACACACACGAGUGUGAAGGUGGGUGGGGGGCGUGGUCAGAGUGUAACGAGGAGGGGCUGCAGCUCAGGACUCGUACAUGUGAAAUAAGCUCCGCCUCUUGCCAAGGAAACUCCACAGAUCAGAGACAGUGUCGACCCAAUGAGAGCGCAGUGCUGUCAAAGGGACAGAAGAGGAGCACAAACUGUGGAGGGUUUUCUCUGUUCCAUUUGGUGCUGACUGGAGCGUGCUGUUUUCUGGGAGCCGUUUUGUUGUCCAUCCUGGUGUAUGUGUACUGCCAGAGACUCCGCAAACCCCCUCAGGAAUCCGCAGUUAUCCAUCCCAGCACCCCCAACCACCUACACUAUAAAGAGAACAGCUGUGCACCCAAGAACGACCUAUACACACCCAUGGAGUUCAAGACUCUGAAUAAGAACAACCUGCUUCCACCAGACGAAAGCUGCAACUUCUUCCCAUCAGCGUUACCGCAGACCAACGUCUACGCCACCACAUAUUACCCGUCUCCUCUGGGCAAAUAUGACUUCCCUUCCAUGGAUUCACCCUGCAGCUACAUGCACAGCUGAUGCACGGACACACAUCUCAUGCUUUCUUAGGGCUGUGUGACCACGGUUCCACUCCCUCAUCCCUCCAUGCAGAUGCAUUGGCUGAGCGCAUAAUCUGCAUCUCAAAAGAUGCAGGAAAAUGCAAAGGAGUGAUGUUCGGAUAAGAUGGGCCCAUGUAGUUUCCUUGUAGCAUUUCCUUUCCUAAAUGGCAUCUCGAACUGGAAGUCACGGGUUCAGCUGAUCACAUGCGUCGUAUUAACUACAAACUGACACUCACGAAGCAUGCACACUUCUUACAAUACAAAGGAGCAAGAGGAAUUCUGGAAUCAAGCUCGAAACUGAAUUGUGACGUACUACUUUAUGUGCUGGCGUCAUAAUCGAAAAACUGCAAUGCAGAACUCGCUUUGAGUCGAUUAAGCAUGAAGGCUUCCAGACAGCUGUGACGUCUCACCGUAAGCCCAAACAUCUGUUUCCCUUAUUUGAUCCUGGUUUACUUCCUUUUUCUGCUCCAGAACUCCAAGAAGUACAAAGAUGUGAGAUACAUGGAAUCAGGAUUACCGGCAAUGCGACUGGUUAACAUCAGUGAUGUAUGGAUGAACUCAUAAAAGAGACCGUUAUCUUCAGUGUCCAAUAAAAGACCUGAGCUCAUGGAUAUAUGGCCGUCCACACACUGUUACACAUAUGGCUGUGGAUUUGUCCGUCAAGACACUUUUUAAAGGGAAAGUUCACCAAAUAUGACAGUUCUGUCAUCAUUUACUCACGCUUAUGUCAUUACAUACAUUUAUGACUUUCUUUCCAAAGGCAAAACACCACGUUUACCAUGAAUAUGGUAAAAAAAAAAAACAAUUCUAAUAGAUAUCACCAUAUUU